AUGUAUCAUGCACAGGGGGUCACUGGAGCUGCAACCCGAGGUGCCUCCGGCCUAUGGAGCCCUGUUCCAGUCCCGCCCCUAUUCUGGUUGCCACCGCCAACAGGCGUGCAACACGCCAGACGACUUCGGACCAGAUGCGUUCUACUAAGUCGCCCUGACAACAAGACCAAGUUGCGAGAACGAGGUCAACCCACUUCUGGGUACCAUUGUUUUGUCCAACACCGUCAAGUGCUCAUUCAAGCCAUUGCUGCAGCGCUUUCUGAUCCCAACUCGUCUACUUCUUCCGACUUCUAUCAGCCCUCGAUCUCGCCACCCUGGUUUGAUGCAUCAACUCCAAGCCUCGGAGCAGUGGAAGAGAAGAUAUUUCAUUUUAUGGACUGGCCCCUCCUACCAGUCCCGAUGGUGCCCCGAAAUUUCCUUAUCCUUCAUCGUCACGAGGACAUGACCUCGAAAGUUGUCAUGUCGAGAUCUGGACCAGCUGAGCCCGCUUCUAUCACCCCCACACGGGGCAUCCUGGAGGCGGCAAAAAUGUUGGUAGGACAUGAACGGAGUUUGCCGACAAAGAAGAACCCUCGGAAUAUCUCAGAAACAGCGUCGCAUGGUCUUUUGGUUGCGCAGGAAAAUGCACAGCUCUGA